AGUUAUACCCAGAGCGUUGCACGAGGAGGUUGUACAGUCCGUCUCUCCUGCUCGUCUUGACAGAGCGGUCUUCCACGUCUCAGUUUCCCGUGCCGAGUGAUGGUGGCCGUCGUUCACGCCUGAGGGCUGGCGGUGGUGUCCCUAUUCUGCAGGAGCGCCACCCACCACAGCACUGACAAACUCUUGUGGUGUCUACCCUCCCAUCCCUCCUCGGAACCCUCACAACACUGGGAUUUAAAAGAAGUGAGGGAUUUAAAAGGGGGAAAAUAGUUACCUUACCUUCCACUCCCUCUUCAGAACCCUCACCACACUGGGAUUUGAAAGAAGUGAGAUAUUUAAAAGGGGGAAAAAGUUACCAUACCUUCCACUCCCUCUUCAGAACCUUCACAGCACUGGGAUUUGAAAGACGUGAGGGAUUAAAAGAGGGAAAAUAUUGGUUCUGUUGUCCCUCUGUCCCUCCUCCUCUGUAUCCUCACCAUUCUAAGGAUUUUAAGAGGAAAUUUGUGGGAUUAGAAAAAAGGGAAAAGAUUCUAGUGCCUGUCUCUUUCUAUCUUUCCUCUGCAUCAAACAUAAGGAUUUAAGAGGAAAUUUGUGGGAUUAGAUAAAAAGGGAAAGGUUCUGGUGCCUCUCUCUCUCUCUCUUUCCUCACAAACAUAAGGAUUUGAAACUUGAGAAAAUAAAAGAAAGGAGAAAUUAACGGUUCUGGUCCCUGUUUCUCUCUCUCUCUCUCUGUGUCUGUAUCUGUUGAGAUUUGAGGGAUUAGAAAGAGAAAAAAAAUAUUUCUGGUGCCCUCUCUCUCUCUCUCUCUCUCUCUCCCCAAAAAAAAAUAAAACUAAAAGGUUGAGAUUUGAGAGAUUACUUGAGAAAAAAAAGGAAAAAAACUUGGGAUUAUUGUGGCGCCUCUCUGCUCCGUGACUUCACAAACACCAGGAUUAAACACUGAGGAUUUGAAGGAUUACUUGAGAAAAAACAGAAUAUUAUCAUUGCGACGUUUUAUCACUUCCUGUCACUCGGCACCAUAUGACCUUAGUGUUGUGGCGCCAGGGUGUCAGGCAGUCCAUCCCUUCCUAUCUCCAGUAUCAGGGUGUAUCAGGGUUUAAGAGGUGGCUUGCGGUGUAGCUUUAAAACCCUGAUAUCCUUGUGAUUCCACCGCGGGUUUCUCUUCCCUCGUACCCUUGAGCUGCGCCAAGGUUCAAGUUAAAGGGUGAAGCUCCGUGGGGUCACUUGAGGGUUCGAAGCUCCAGAUCAAGGCAACUUUCGAAUCUCGUCCCCUAAAGAGUCUUCAAGUCUUCCUCCUUUUGUGUGUGAGUGAAGUAGCGUCAAGGUUGGGUUUGGCGUUAGUGGAGCCUAUUUAGAAAGACUCGAAGCUUCGGAUCGAGACAAUUAUACGCUGACUCCCCGUGACUGACUAAUUGAAGCGUACUGAGUGAAGUUUAUGGACUGAGAGAACAAAGUAGAGUAGUGUGAGUAAGAUCAGUGAAAGUCGUUAUAUUUCUCGGGAUUCGAAGCUCUGGAACAAAACAAAAAAAAUUCGAAGCUCUGGAACAAAACAAUAAAAAAAUAACAGAACUAACUAAAUAAAAAGAAAAUAGCACAAACAAACAUUUAGCACAUAACACACACAAAACCUGGUGAUAAGCUACACUAUUAUCUAAUCAAGAGCUUGGAGGAACUUAUAAUCAAAUUCUCGGAAUAAAAAAAAAAAAAAAAUAUCUAGACACUCCCUAAGUGACUGACAGGGGAACUAUAACGUAGAGAGCAGCCUGAGACAAGUGAGCGAGUGAAAUACUGAACUGGAGCAAGUGGACCAAAUACUAAGAUGAAAUUCACAAUGUUUAAUCACUUGGUGGUGGUGGUGUUGGCGGCGGCGGUGGCUGUGGCGGCGGCAACAGUGGAGAGCGGUGCAACUGUCCACUCGACCAUCGCUGAGAGAGUCACGCAUCUGGAAGUGGAAAAUGAGAGACAGGAAACGAGUAACGAGGUGAUAAUAACAUUAGAACACAAUGAAGACCACGAAACAAACACUGAUGAGGCGAUAAAAGUAACAGAGGAGAGUGAGAGGCAGAAACAGUUGACAGAAUGAUAAAUAUGAUAGAAAGGAGUGAGGGAAACAACACGAAUGAUGAUGCGAAGAAUAUGAUCGUGGGAAGACCGGAAGUUGUAACAGUCCUCCCUGACGUACACAAGUGGAGGAAAAUGGACAUCAUAGCCAAGAGGAACGGAAAACGGAGGAACAGGAAACACAGAGGGCGCAGGAGGAAGUGGAAGAACAGGCGGGGGAAGAAGUACUAUAGGAGGGACAGGACGUACGAGUGGGGCGCCAGAAAACAUCGCAAGAGUGGGGAUAUGCAGGCUGGACACUGGCAACACGCUUCUCCCAACCAACGUGACGCGUGGACAGCUGGCCAGUCUUUCCGCUCACUUGACCCUCGGCGUGUGAAGGUCCGGCGGCAUUUGGUCCGCCAACACAACCUGCUCAGAUCAAAGGUGGACCCGCCCGCUGGGGACAUGCUGGCUAUGAAGUGGUACAAGACAGCGGCGGAGCAAGCACAGGCGUGGGCGGAGCAGUGCGGUCGCCACAGCCACGCCGAUCACCCGAGUGUCAGGUGGACCUCCAGCUAUGGAGCGUGUGGCCAGAACGUGUUUGUCUCACCCACCAAGAAGCGAUGGAGUCAGGUGCUGCAACACUGGUGGGGCGCGAGGAAGGAGUUUCGUUACGGCGAGACCAACAACCUAACAAUGGUGGCGGCGUACACUCAGAUGGCGUGGUACAACUCUCACCAACUCGGCUGCGGCUUCUCCCAGUGUAACACCCCCGGCGGCUCCACCUUCUUCAGAUACGUGUGCAACUACUGCCCCGUAGGCAACGACCCUGGCCGCCUGGCUCGCCCCUACACCGAGGGCGGCCCCUGCAGCCUGUGCCCCGGGGCGUGCCGCUCGCUGUGUCCCCGCCGCCGGUGUCCGCUGUGCACCAACUCCUGCACCUACUCCGACCUGUGGGUGAACUGCGGCACGCUGGACCAGCAGUGGCACGAGUGGCUGUGCAACACCAAGACCACUCAGGGCGUGGAACGCUUCAAGAACUGCCGCGCCACCUGUCAGUGUGUCAACGAGAUCACCUGAGCCACCAGUCGCCCCGCCCCGCCCCACCCCGAGGGUUAAGAACAGCCGCGAAUGUCGUGUGACAGACACGUGAAGGACACUGACCCAACCUGCCGUCAACACUCGCGACACUCCAUUUCACACACACACACACACACACACACACACACACACACACACACACACACACACACACAAGCAUAUAUAUAUAUAUAUAUAUAUAUAUAUAUAUAUAUAUAUAUAUAUAUAUAUAUAUAUAUAUAUAUAUAUAUAUAUAUAUAUAUUCACGUUGAGCGUUGAAGAUGUAAAUAUUAAAGAGAGUUGGUGUUAGUUAUGAUGGAUCCAGAUAAUGGUGAAAGACAACAGAUCUGUCACUGACUCAUUGACUCCCAGCUGGAGCCUCGGCCUGACAAUAUCUGGGGCAUCUUGUUGACAGGCGGUGCUUGGCCGAGCCUGCCAAGGACAGCGGGGACGGCCGGCAGGCCCCGAGCCUCGCCAACCACCGCCAGCCCCGCUAGCCCCGCCAGCAGCUGGUGGCGUGGCGGACGUUGUGUGUCAGAAGCAUCAGUGGAAGCCACAUAUAUUCCUUAUCUUAUUCAUCGUUUGGUGCCUUGAAACAAGUGUUGUGGGCGACAGCCGCGCCUGUGUGUGUUGGGACAGCCGGGGAGGGUCGGGAAGGCCCUCGCCGGUGCAGGGGCGACUCUUAGACACAACACAGAAGGCCAGUGUAGCGAGGCAGUGUUGCGCCGCGCCCCGUAACGAGUGUCCCCGCGGCGCCGCCCUGCCGCUGGAACCAAUGGCCCCGGGCGUGGCCGUGUUGUGGCGAGGCUGCUUCCUGGUGUGUGGUGGUGGUGGUGUGUGCAGCCCGCCGCGUACACCAGGUGCUGAGGCACACACACACACACACACACACACACACACGCAUGACCUCUCUUCAGGAGGGUAAUAGCUGACGAUCACGAAUUCAGCACGUGAUCCACAAGACAAUGGAAGAAUUACACACACACACACACACACACACACACACACACACACACACACACACACACACACACACACACACACCAAGUCAAUGGCAACAAAAGUGAACAUUCCACGAUUCUCUCAUCUGUAUUGUUCUUUGUGAAGAAAAAAAAAAUUAAAUAAAGUCACAAAUUUGUCCCUCCUCA